GAGCAAAACAAUGUCUCGAUAUUAUGCUUGGUAUGGGAAUAGCUCCAAAUAUCAUUACAUUUAACACUAUAAUGUCAGGCUAUUUGGAUGUUGGAGAUUUCCGAUCAGUAGAAGAUAUCUAUGACAAAAUACUCGAACUGAAAAUACAACCUGGUUUGGAUACUUACCAUAUUUUAGCGACAGCCUUCGCGCGAAUGGGAAAAACAGAGCAAGUGUUAUUAAUAAUUGAUCAAAUAAUUGCUAACGGGAUGGCUUAUAAGGUAUACGAUCGUCUAUUGUCGUCGGGUCUUCAACCGAACGUUGUGACAUUCAAUACUUUCAUCACUGGCCACAUAAACCAGCGAAAUUUGAAUGAAGCGUUGAAAUGUUAUGAUGAAAUGUUAAAACGGGGGAUUUCACCUAACGUGAAUGUUUUUAAUAACCUUUUGAGAG